AUGGAUGUCAGUGAGAUGGCUGAGAAACUCAGGACAGAACUGACCUGUGCCAUUUGCUUGAAUCUUUUCACCCAAGCAGUGACCCUUGACUGUGGGCACAGCUUCUGCAGAGAGUGUAUACUUCAGAGCUGGCAUAAAGCCAGAGUCCCAUGGACCUGCCCACUGUGCAAGGCAAGCAGUCAGCCCAGAGUCUUAGAGCCCACCAGGCUCCUGGAGGACCUGACCAGCAUCAGCAAGCAGCUGAGACCUCCCAGAGAGGGCAACAUGGGUGGUCAGGUCACCUGUCGCCAACACCUAGCUGUUCAGAAGCUGUUCUGUGAAGAUGACCACAGCCCACUAUGUGUCUCCUGCUUAUUUUCCCAUGAACAUGAAGGUCAUCAUGUAUAUCCCCUGGAAGAGGUUGCUGAGACCUGCAAGGGACAGCUGCAGGAAGCCCUUAGCCAAGUGUGGGCCAAGGCAAGAGAGACCCACAUGUUGCUUGAGCAGGAGAUAGGGAGGCGGCUGAGAUGCCGAUUAGAGGCCAGCAUACUGAAGCAGGUCAUCCUGCCAGAAUACAUCAAGACCCACCUUGUCUGGACAAGGGACACACAACAGGCUCUUCUGGACAAGGAAAAGAGAAGGAAUUUGAAGAGAUUAACAGCCAGCGAGGUCAGAAUCUCCCACUACAUCCAAAACCUCAAGAAGAUGAACAAGGAGCUCAAGAAGACUUUGGGGCAGCCACUUGUGGAGAUGAUCCUGGAUGGAAGGAGCACUUUAGAAAGGAGUCAGGAGCUGCUGCUUCAGUGUCCAGAGCCUGCUGCCCUAGGCUGGACUGUGUGUGGAACCACUGGGAUGAGGGAACUCCUACUGGCCUUCCAAAGCCACAUCAGUCUGGAUCCAGGAACAGCCCAUUCUGAUCUCAUCAUCUCUGGAGAUCUGAAGAGUGUGAUGCUUGCUAGCCAUUGGUGGGGCCUACUGGACAACCUGCAAGAAGGGGUGGAGUGUCUUCUUCCUGUACUAGGUGCUCAGAGCUUCACCUCCGGGAGCCAUUAUUGGGAGGUGGAGGUAGGAAGCAAGACAGAGUGGGAGGUGGGCAUCAGUACAGGGCCAGAAAAUGACCAGGGAAUCAUCCACAGUGAUGUACUCUCUCUUGCCUGCCUCAACAUGGGAGACCAAUUUGAACUGUGGAUCUCUUACACCAUGGAAGACCCUGAGUACACAGGACCCUUGCACAGGCUGGGCAUUUUCCUCCACUACAAAGAGGGACAUCUAUCAUUUUACAAUGUGACACAGGGCUGCCUGAUCUAUGUCUUUCCCCCUCUCACCUUCCAAGGUCCUCUCAGGCCUUUCUUCUCUCUUGGCCUUCUACAGGAAGAGAACCAGCCCACCAUUCUUACCAUCUGUCCACUGAGCCCUCAUUACUGA